ACUAUGUAAAAGUGUUUUAUUCAUUAUUUUCCUUGAUUCAUGAAAAACAAAUCAAUUCAAAUUUAAAAUGUACGUAGGUGGGGUCCUUUUCAACGAACGCAUAAAUGGAGAAACAUAAACAAGGCUUUUCCAAAUGAAAAUACACGGUACAAUCAUGUUUUUAUUUGAAUAGUGACCUUGUGGAUGUCUUCCGACCGUCUUCGUCUGUCAUUCGUCCGGCCUUUUAUGAUUUACGACCAGUCUGGAACCGGACAAUUUCAUUGGUAAAAAAAGUAACCGUUCUCCAUUUGAAGUUGUUUUUGUUUUGGCAGUUUGACGUUAAGUGCGGUCAAGGCAAUAUUGAUUUUUCUGAAGCCGAUAUGGAAGAACUAAGGGGUUAUUUGAAGACAUUUGGCUACCCCCUGGUGGAUAGCAUGAGUGAAGAUCAGUUUUUGGCAAUAUUCCAUAAAUCCAAUAGGUGUUUUUUGGUGUCCUGGCUGCUACAGUUACUAGAUGACAAAUCUGAGAGGUACCCACAGACUGAAGAAGCCCUAGGCCAGAAGUUGUAUCAAUUUGGGUUUUUGAAUGAAUUUGAAAAGGAUUUAUUCAUGAAGGGAAAGUUGAAUCCUGCAAGACAGUUUGAAAUACUCAUCACAAUCUUCAAGCACAUAUGCAUUCAAAGUUCAGACGUGGCAGAAACAACGGAUGACAUUGAUUUGAAGUUCUUGACUACCCAGGACUUAAAUCUAUUUCCAAGUUAUGGUGGCAUCAAACUGUAUGAAGAAGGCAGUGAGACAUUCUUGGAGGAAACAGAUACUCUACUGACAAAGGAAGACAUUGCAAUAGAUUUCAGUGAAAUAAGUCGCAUGCUGAAUGAUAUCAGAGAAUGUUUGCCAGAAGUGAAAUAUAAAGGAGAGCAAUUGAAGGAACAAGAUAGGCAUACCAAGACUGAGAUCAAAACAGACCCAAGAAGCUUUGAAGUUAUACAUAAGUGUAAUGAGAACAUCAAGAUUAUCAAGCAGUUUUUGGAAGAUGUAGAUGUGCUAGAUCACUUUUUGCGAGAUAACAAUGUCGAUUCAACCUCCCCGUCUUUGUUAGCAAGCUGUGAUGGACAGAUACGCAGGCUGAAAAGUUUACUAGAUCUGACCACAGAAAAUAUGAUUGAUGGUCUUCUGCACAGCACCUGGAAUUCAAAAUUCGUGUGUCGUGUCUGAAUGAAAGGAUCUUCCAUGCAAAGUUCAUUUGUACGUAGAAAUACGAAGUAAAGCGCGACUGUGAUACCUUGGAUUUGUGAGAAAAAUGCAAUGAGCUGUUUUUUUAUAAUGAAAUUAAGGUUAUACAGAAAGGCCCCUCGACGAGAGAUACAAAAGGUUUUGCUGGUUAACUUUUUUUUUAAACGUCAUAGUUCGAAAAAACACUUUUUUAGAUAGAUGAAUUAUUGGUGAAAAUGGUCCAGAAAAAUUGUUGGAGUUGAAGAUCUUCAAAAUAAGACUUUUCAUGGUCAAUUUGCCAUAACAGUUGAUUUGAAAAUCGCCAGGAAUUCAUUAAAAAAUCCUCAACUGUUUCUGCGAUUUUCUAAUUGUUAUAAGUUUUUUGUUAGAAAAUUUCCCUUUUUUGAGGAGCUGUCCAACGAAUGUGGAUCAAUCGAAUGACCUCAUAUUCGUUAAAUUUUUUUUAUUGUUUUUUGGCCCCCAAAAAAGUUCAUUUUUUGUUAGGUUGUUCGAAAACUUUUUGCGGUUUUUAACCUUCAAAUUCAAAGGAGCAUAUCUCAGCUUUAACAAAACUUUAUUAAUAAAAAUAAAAACCAUUAGAAUCAGUACACUUUUGUCAAAAAUGAACAAGCUUGUUUAUGCCGCUAACGUACAAAUCCGGAGUUUUGGAGGCGAUGAACUCAUUGAUGGCAUUUUGGGCGUCGUCAUGGUUAUUGAAGCAUUUCUUGCGAAUGACGUUGUCGAGUUGUUUAACCCUUUGAGGCCGAAUUUAUUUAUUUAAAUAAAAAAACAAAAUGAAGAGUGUAACUCUGUUUAUUUAUAUUUUACUUAGUUUUUAAGAUCGCAGAACCAAUGGAAAAUAAUCAGGAUUAUCCUGCAGGACAUGGUCUUCCUGAAUUACCAGUAGGAAACUAACAUAAAAAAUAGGUCAUGGUAACAGCAACAAAAGCAGGCGAAUACUUAAUAUAAAUAGCAUUAUUUGGUAUGGUAAGCGGCAAAACAGUUUUUGUCGUGUUUUAUACAUAGUCC